CAAUGGCGAACAACAUCCUGCUGAUCAAAAAAAAAAGAGUACAAAAAAAAAAAAAAAGGGAUCGAGCAAGUCUAAGAAAUUGAUUCAUUUGAGUGGCGAGCCCUGCCGGAAAAACACAGAGGGAAGCGGAUCGAGUGGAGCAUACGAGGCGGACUGGGGCACCGUAUUGUUUUUAUACAGACUACCUGCCUUGAUAAGGACACACAGAUGGACGACCGGACCACCCCAGAGGACAAACCUGUGCAACGCUCCAAGUCCUUCAGCUUUAAGACCCAGAAGGAGAUAUGCUCGUCCUGCAAGAAGACUGUCUACCCCAUGGAGAGACUGGUGGCAGACAAGCUGAUCUUUCACACGACCUGUUUCUGCUGCAAGCACUGCAACACCAAGCUGAGCCUGGGGUCCUAUGCAGCGCUGGAGGGCGAAUUCUACUGCAAGCCUCACUACCAGCAGCUGUUCAAGAGCAAGGGCAACUACGACGAAGGCUUCGGCCGCCGGCAGCACAAAGAGCUGUGGGCCGCCAAGGAGGCCGACGGGGUCACGAAGUCCGCGUAGCCCCGCCCACCAGAGGCCCGCCCACACCACUCACAUUCCGAGAUGCAGGGACACGCCCCUUUACGGGGCCCGCCUGUCAUUCCAAACUACUUAGCUUCAUACAAUCUGUCGUUUAUUUAAAAAGGAAGACAAAAAAACAUUAAUAACUAAGGUUCUUUUAAAACAGCCUUUAAUUUUUGCAUUUUAAUGUAGUAUCUCAAAAGGGGUACGAAUGCGAUUACGUCGUACUUCUGCCUGGCAGUUUUCCUUCAUUUUGUACUUUCGGAAACUCGUUUUGCUCAGGUGACCCCUGCUGGAGUAUCAGCUGGUCAGUAAGGUUCACGCCAGCAGAAGGUUCCGUAAUCUUGGGAUAUUUUUAGCCACCUUUUUUUUUUUUCCCUUUCAUUUGUCUUUUUUUUUUUUUUUUUUUAACUCUGCCUAUCCCCAUUGUGUAAACAGCGCAGAAUUUUUACAGUGACACAUCUGGCCAGGGUACCAGAAUCAGGGUCUCCCCCUGUCUGUCCUCUUGCUCCCUUACUAAGAAGCAAUUUUUGUCUUAUGGGCAAAACGGCCAACAAGCAACCUGCAAUGACGAAAUGGGUUCGUGUUUUCCCCCGCAUGAUUGAAUCUAUUAGGGGUAGGUGGUCUUAAUCUUCCAUAUCGCCACACGGGAGAACACUGUUCUUCAUUUCUUUUUCCUUGGGGGGGGGGGGGGGGGGUUAUAUUGCCAUCUGAUGGGGGUCAUUAGCUGUGAAGUUUAAUCUCUCAACAUGCUGGACAUCUUUGUGGUUCGUAGUAUCGUUGUGUUAGAAAUACAUUUCUAAAAGGAAUAUGAAGGCACUGUAGUCUGCUUAGUGAAUGUACUGUACUAAAAAGGACUGGCGUCCUACAAAAUGGGGCCCAUCCAUUUUCUUUUGCCGAGGAAGAGACGGGGACUGACCUUUUAUCACUGUGACAGUCCCCUUUUUAAUUUUCUUGUAUCCCCUCCCCCUCCAUUAGACUGCAAACUUGGCACUUAAUUUACAGUUGUGAGGGAAAAGUUCGUGAACCACUUGGAAUUUGGAAUCAUUGCCUCUUAAACCAAUAAAUGAAACGGUUUAACUGAAUUGGAAAGAUGGUUUAAACUGUUACGGAAAAGUGUGUGAACUUGUAUUUAGUUACUAGUGGCAGUUCUGUUAUUUGCAAUAUCCUUAACGGAAUACUUUAUGCUCAUCCGACGUACAUAGUUGUCGGUAUUUUGGUCAUUUACGUAUGUAAAACUGUUGCUGCAUUAUGUGUGGGCAGGUCAAAUGCAUGCCUAACCUCGUUUACCUUCUAUUCAGGUCGUUAUCCAAGAGGUUCACAUUAUCUGCAGAAAUCUAGAUUAUUCCAGGGUUCAUUAAUUUUUUCACAAAGUUGUGCUGUGCUCUAGACAAACCUGGACAUACCCAGCCGUACCGCACAUUCUGAUGAUAGGUAAAGGAGUUUGCCGACUCCUUUGUCUCCUACCUCGAAUAUUUCCCAGAACUUCUCAGGUUAAAGUUUUGGUACAUGUUAGGGCUGCAAUACAACACCAUCAGCCAACAGAUUUCCAAAAAAUAAUAAUCAGUAUUUUGGUCUAUUUCACCGAUCGAAUGGAAUUGCGAUACUCACGUUUUAAUUUUUGUUUUAAUUUCCUGUUUUUGACCACGAAUAAUUAAGGCUGUUUCCUUAUUUACUGUAAACGCAGGGUGAAAAUCCAACAGUGAAACAAAACUACGGCACAUGUUGAACAUGUGAAGUGAUAAGUCGAGUAUUUUAAUUGCCACAGUGCUAAACUCUGCUAAUCGGCGUUACGGAAACUUGGGACUUGUGUGGCUUUAUGUGGUAAUUGUUUAAAAUUGCUGGCAAUUUCAGAUAAGCGCGGGAAAGUGCACCACCUGCUGGAUUGGAAUGAAACUGCAGACGUACAGUCCCUUGGAUAAUGGUAAUCGAAUAUCCAAGCUGUUGAAACCCAUAAUCAGGGGCAGAUUAACGCACAGGCUAGAUAUGGCUUAAGCCUAGGGGCCCCACGUGCGCCAACCUGCAAGGGGGCCCCCAUUGGCGCGGAGGGGGGCGGGGUUGGGGGGCCCACAGACCACUGUAGCCUAGGGGCCUCUGUGCACCUUAAUCCGCCCCUGCCCAUAAUGCAUAGUUUUGUGGUGACAAAUAUGACUUGGAUCAGAUAUAUAAACAUAUAUUGGCAUUUGGAAGCGGUGGAAGGGUCCAAUGGUACAUAUGGGUACAACAGCUGGUGCGAUCAAAAUGUACAAUAAGCCAAGUGCAAAAAUGACAUUUCAUGGGCAUGGAUGUGACAUCACACGGAUUCCAGCCUCUGCAGCACUAUGUCCAGCGUUUCCAGUCAAACCGGUCCAAGCACAGUUUGUGGCGAUUUCUGUUUCUGAAUGCAAAAUAUGACCACAACCUGUUGUACAAGGCAUGACAUAGUGUUGACGGUUAAAUUCCAGUGUCCCCCGCAUUACUGACCCACUGCGUUUAUCAUAUUGACAUAAACAAUAACAAAGAUUCAAAUACAGGGCCUUUCUACAUAGCUGUUUCACCUCUGCGUGGCGGAGGUUAUGUCAAGUCAGCCGCAUUGAAAACUGCAUUUUUAAGAGUUCUGUAAAUACUUCGGAGGCAGGCAGGGUGUUUGGGUUUAUUUUUUUGCCCUUUUUUUAAGUAUUCCUCCCUCUCAGACUGAUACAGCACGUUCACCUUACAUUCUGAUAUCCUGCGUAUUUGCUAGCCGAUGUAUGGCCCCAAGCCUCUUCUGGGAUGAUGCCUCCUCCUCAUUCGAAAAGGUACACGUGUCCCUCCACAGUGGUACCAAAAAUGUAUGUUUUAAUAAAGGCGACAAAUAAACAGAUGUAUCUAGUUAAAGUUGACAUUAAAUAUUUUUUUAUAUCGUUAUUUUUUUUAAAUGCACGCUGUGUUUUCAGGGAGUGGUGACAAACUGUGAGCCUUUCAUAAAAGUGUAUCGUAUAAACUUGAGCUGUGGAAUGAUGUGGCCUUACAGUACACAGUCAUGGCUUUUUUGGGUUUGUGUACUUUCUUGUAUUUUACUCAAGCUGAAUUGUGUAGAGGAAAAAAAAACAAGCAUAAUGUGAAAUGUUGUUUCUUGUGUUUUUUUUUUCUCUCACCUCCCUUUCCACAUGAUCAUAUGAUGUCCUGUGGCUAUUCAUUUUGUGUUUAUUUUGUACACGUUUGAAAAAAAUAAAAUUCCAAUAGAGAA